GGAAAUCAGAUGGCUGGGGUCUACCAACAAAGCUCACAGCCCAAACAUAUUUUAUAUAGUCGUAUUUGUCCUGUUCGUUGUAUAACACACGAUGCGGUAUCUGUCCCAGAAUGGAAAACAAUAUGUACUACAAUGGAAGUAACAUUUGGUUGCUCUGUUUACUGCCCUUUCUUAUCUUUUUGUCUGUCUUUUCAACAGGCAACAGUCAUAUUUCAACAGAAUUCACUAACGUAGACCAAUGCUGUCACAAAGCUAUACAACUUAAAACGUGUUGGAAUCUCUGUGAACAAUUCCCAGUGGAAAGUUACAAGCACUGUGGAGCAAUAAUAAGGAUUAAUUUGAAAAAACUUGUAAAGUUUGGCAGCCAUGGUCAUUUUAAAUCCAUUUGUACUCUGUCUUUUGAUCCAGGGGUAUCGAAAUUAAUGAAACAUAUAUCAGCAAAGAAAAAGCCAGUUGUACCACCUGAUGUCUCGAUGAAAAAGCCAUUAAAGCUACUUCCUAUUAAGCUCGGCCAUCUUAAUGGCACUAAAUCUGUCACAGUGUCAACUGCUACCAUCACAGUAGCUCAUCGAACCCACACUGUCCAUCGAACCCAAAGUGCAAGAUUUUCUGCUACAACAUAUUCCAUGCAAUUAUCUGAAAAGCCCUUCACAGAACUGCCAACCGCUGAUACUACCAUAAGAACCACCGUUUCUCCAGAUCAGCACAAUAUCGUGCACACUCCAGUGGCUUUCACAUGGCCACCUGUACUGACAACUAAAAAGCAACCUUCAGAAUCUCUACUAAUUUUUACAACUACAGCCGCACCAUCUUCAAACCAAGGUAGAAGAAGAACUGCCAAAGGGAAAAAGGACAAAGGCCAUUCUGUUCAAACAGGUUCUAGGCAGUCAAAAUUAAAAACCGAUGUGAGAGUACAUAAACACCCACAAUGUGGCACUUCCUGUUAUGCCACAACAAGAAAGAUGACAUUAAAAUCUGAUGUCACUCAAACACCAAAGCAUUCUGUGUCACAUCGGACGACUUCUCAUACAGGACUUGCUAGCAUAUCCAUAUCACCAACAUAUGUUCCCUCAGCUUCACAAAGAACCCAUAUUGUCCAUGAGACCAGAAGAGUUGGGCCUUCUGCACCUACAAAUUCCAAGUGGUUAUCUGUAAUGGCUAGAAAGCAUGUCACAGACGUACCACACAAUACUGCCACCAAGCAUAAGACUCCUCACCUGCAUCACAUGAAAAGUGCCCACAGAAUAACAGAAACCAUGGUUCAUACUCCAGUAGGCUUUACACAAGCAACUGUUAUGGCAUCUGAAAGCCUACCACUAGAAAGAUCAUCCACUGUUGUUAGUACAUCUGCACAAUCUUCAAAACAUGAUACAGUAAAAAACUUCAAAGACUCAGAGGACACAUUUUAUUCUGUUCUAGGAGAUUCCAUCCAGCCAACAUCAGCAGCAGAAAUGAGACCCUAUACAGACUCACAAUACCACCCUUCCUCUCUCUCAGCAGUGACCAGCCUAAAGCUAGCUUCUGAUGUCGAAACAGCUCCUCUGUUACAUAUGCCUUCUUCUCAGCCUAUACUUACUUAUGACAUACUGUCUGGCACUGCAUCACCAUCAAUACCUGCUUCUCAGAGAACCGAAAAUGUCCAUUCAGCUAGGAGCACAGACAUUUCUACCUCUACAAGUUCCAUGCAAGUAUCUGUAAUAACUGUAAAGCAUUUCAAAGAAGUACUUCCAACAACUUCUGCCAUGUUUCCAGAUCUGUACAAGAAAACUGGCCAGAGAGUACAGCAUACAGUCCUUCAUACUUUGACAGGUUCUGUGCAACCACCUGUAAUGACAUCUGAAAAGUUACUUUCAAAGUCACCAUCCACUGUUGUUACCUCUACAUCUGCACCAUCUUUAAAACCAGAUAUAAGAAAAAAUAUCAAUGGUACAGAUGACCCAUCCCAUUCUGAUCCAAUAGGAUCUGUGCAGCUGACAUUAACAACAGAUAUGGCACCGCUUACUAGUCCCCAGUGCUGUUCAUCCAUUUCUGCUGCAGAGAUGAUACCAAAAUCAGAAAGCAAUCAUAUUCAUCCACAGUCUGUGUCACUUCUGUCUUCUUCUUCACCUAGACUUAACGAUGGCACACAGUCUGUUUCACCAUCAUCAUCUACUCUCACAACUUCACAAACAACUUAUACUGCUAAAAAGGCUGGGCGGACAAGGCUUUUUGCUGCUACAAGUUACAUGCAGGAGUCUAUAAUGACCACUAAAAAGCAUCACACAGUAGUGCUACCAACAGUUGCUGCCGCAUCUCCAGACCUGCACAACACAAAAACUGAUGACAGAAUGGUGGAGACAGUGCCUCAUACCUUGAGAAGUGUCAUACACCCACCUGUAAUGAUAACUGAAAAGCCACACUCAGGCACUUCACCCACUGCUGUUACUCCUACAUCCUUACCAUCUUCAAAACCAUAUGGCACAAAAACUGUUGAAACAGGGGAUGCAUCCACUUCUGUUCUAAUAGGGUCUAUGAAUUCAGAAUUAACAAGUGAUGCAAGACCAUAUACAGAUCCUCCAUAUUGCUCUUCCUGCCUGAAUACAAAAAUUGAACAAAUGACCAAAUUAGAUGUCAGUCAUAUACCUCAUCACUCUAUGCAACAUCUUGCUUUUCCACCUGAACAUAAAACCAGCAUACAGUCUGUUACAGCAUCACCAUCUGUGCUCAUAACAUCUCAGAGAAACCAUAGAAUAAGGAGCCCAGGAAUUUCUGCUGCUACAAGUUCUAUGCAGUUACCUGUAACUAUAACUGGUACAGCUGUACCUCAUUUAACCACUGCCAAAUCUGCAGAUCUGUACAGUAUGAAAACUGACUACAUCAUAGGAGAUGCAGUCAGUUAUACUCUAAGAAGUUCUCUGCAGCCACCUCUGACAACUGAAAAGUCACCUUCAGAGUCACUGUUCAUUGCUGUUACAGCUGCAUCUUUACUAUCUUCUAGACCAGAUACAAGAAAGAACAUAGAAGGAAAAGAGGACAUAUCCAAUUCUGUUCCAGCAGGUUCUGCGCAGAAACAGACAGACUCGGAAGCCGCCACCACUGUCAUAAUACAUGUUGCAUCUACGCAACAAAGUCCAAAGAACAGCAUGGUCCAUAAUACUGCAGUGCCAUUUAUCACUGAGCAGAACACAUUUAUGAAUGAUAAAGUUGAGAUGAUGCCCUCAACUUUGUCCAGUCCAAAGCAGCAGGAACAGAGCACUCUGCAAGCCAUGACCACCGUGUUACAAGCAGUCAGUAACAGUAAUAAUCUGGCAUCAGACUCCGUAAAUCCUGCACUCAGACAUCCAAAUUUGAAAGGUGCAUUUACAGGACAAGAAAACAAAAAUGAUGAUGGAAGCCAAAAGGAUAAAAUCAUAUUCUUGCUUCUUGGAGUCCUGCUUGCCUUAGUCGCUGUUUUCAUAUACUCAGGAUUCAAAUGGGGGAAAAUGAGACAGACACAGUACAAUUUUAAUGAAGACAGAUGCGCACACCCACUUGUGGGUGAGAAUCGAUUGCUAAUACCUUAUAUUCUGAACAUGGAACACAUCGCCUGGAAAAACCACCCUGAAUCCUCCAGCACUGAAGCACAAAGUUGUAUGACACCAGAGCAAGAAUGUCAAACACCUCUUCUGUUAGACAAUAAUCACAUGUCAAAUGAAGCAUUUCUUGAGAACGAUACUAAACUGUAAACAAUGCUCCUGGAUUUUUUUUUGUAAAGUGAAUUUUGUCAUCUGUGCAUUACCUUGCUGUCUGUGCUUAGGCUAGUCUUUGUCAUGCCUCCAGAAAUGACGUGACUGCACAUUAAAUAAGCUGUUCCUCCUUACCACAGUGAUAUACUCAGGGAACGCUGUGUCGUUUUUUAGACAGUUGUUUGCCUUACAGUAUGCUGCAGGCAUCCCUUUCGUUAUUGUGGUUUCAGUGCUGAUCUAUAAGAGGAACAAACCAUGUGGUGCUACAUAUCUCAGAUUCAUAUCCCUGUACCAACUACUGCUGUCUAGACUUUAGUUCCUACAUGUAAUAGUAGGCCUUUGAAUUCUAUCCUGUACUACCAGAAAGGAUGUCCACCACCGCUGAAGAGUCUUAAAGGCUACAAAGAAACACUCAGGCCUGAAGUACUGCAAAGUAUGAAAAUCAGGCACCUGCAUUAACAUACUGUAUAACAAACCUGCACUGUGGUCUCUUUUCAAUUAUUAGAAUCAUCAUGGAUAUUGUGCAAUUUUCCUAAUAUAUGGAAACAAAGGUUUAUAGCACUGAAAAAUGGAAGGUUGCUUUCCAAAGCACAAACAAAGCAUAUUAAUCUGAGAUAGGGUUUAUAUGUGUGCAUGUGUGUGUGCGUGUGCGUGUGUGUAUGCGUGUGCGUGUGUGUGUGUGUGUGUGUGUGUGUGUGUGUGUGUGUGUGUGUGUGUGUGUGUGUGUGUGUAUGCGUGAACUGGCAUUAAAAUGUUUGCACAAAAUGCUCAACAAGGUAACAUAGCCAAAAUCUGCGAUGCUAUCAUGUAUAACUUUAUGAUAGUUAAAUAUGCAAGAUGAAAAAUGCAAAUGUAAAGAUCCACAGACGUAGGAAGGGGUAGACUGCAUGUAUUAUGCUUAGAAAAAACACACUUUGUGUCAGCUGUGUUACCUGCAUGAUGACUCUCACUUUGCCCUGUGUCAUUUAAUUUGCAAUGAUGUUUCCUGGAAUACGCACUUAAUGAAAUCUACAUUUUUAAUUACAGAUCAACUCCGAAUGUGUUAUGCUCAGUGCGGAAUGGAUAUAAUUUUCUUUUAGCAUGCAGGAGAUGUAGUGAGGACAGCAAAGUUAACCUGUAGAGGCAUAUCUGAUACUAGAGGCUGGAAAGUUAUAGCCCUCAAUAAUCUGAACCGACAGUAAAAGAUAUAUGGAAAAAAAGCACUACAGUUAAUUAUCAAAGUUGUAGGGCUGACUAUGUUUUGAACUUUAAGUAUGAAGUCAUUGCUGUUUUGCAUUAUAAUACUUUUAUAUUGGCUCUGCUUGCAAAAAUGUAAAUGCAAUUUAUAACUUCAGUUAUGUCAAACGACUUCUGCAAAGUGGUUGUGACUGACCUUUUGCAGCAUUCGUGAAUGCAAAAUGCAGUCUUCUUGAAGAAUGUCACUGCUGGCAAAAUUUACUCUUCCCAGAGAUGAAGUAACCUCAGAGUUAGUCAUGUUAGCUAAUGGGGAGAAGGGGACAAAGUUAGCUACAUGGGGGUGGGGGGCUUUUACAUCAUCUGAAAGCAAGAUUUGAAUUCCAGUGUGAAAUCUCUUUUAAAGGUGGGCAGAGUUCAAGGUCCUGGGGGUUGUGGCCAUGACUUGGAACCCAGCACAGCUAAUGUAAAAAAAUGAAAAGCUGCUGGUAUGGCCCUGCAUAUAAUCAUCUUAGCAUCUCUAAUAGGUUAAUACUAGGCUAUCGAUCCAGAUAAAAACUAGCAGCCUACCCAUAAGAUCUUAAAUCAUGAAUACCCACAAACCUACUUCUUUGAAAAGUAGAGGCAAAAUUGGGAGUAUUUAAUAACUAACUUAACCCCUUUUCAGUGAGAUUUUAAGGGGUCAGACCAGGUAGUGAAUGUAUGAUUGCUCAUCCAUUCAUUUACUAUAUGCUUAGCCAGGAAGCUACUUUGUUUUAUAUUUAAGGAAAGUCCAUUCCAUAAUAUAGGGAGUCUCUGGGAGAAUAUAUAUUUUACCAGCACUACCUAUUCAUAUUUUGGCGAAAAAUUAGAUCUGUUGAGCAGAUGCUUAAAAUGUUAUUUGUUUUGUGGAUGUGCAGGAGGUCACACAGAACUGUUUUCUUUGAGGCUCUGUAGGUCAGACAAAGGUAACCCAUCAAGUAUCUGUAGGACACACAAAAGAGAGAUAUUAGUGUAGCUCAAGGAAGACAUGCCAUCUAUUGUCUUGAUGAGGAAAAGCCGUGGUCUCUCAAGCUGAGUAAUAUGCUUAGAAAAGUACAUGCCAAAGGGGGGAUUAUACUCUAUUAUAGGCAUAAAGUGGGAGGAGUAGAUAGGGAUGAUAACUUCCUUGGAUCUUAAACAUAUGCACUUGGUGAUGGCAGAUAAAAAGAUUUCUGAAUGACUUUGGAUACAUGAGAAUAAAAGGACAGUUCAUUACCAGUGAAAGCGACCAUGUCCCUGAUGACCAACUCUAAUUUAAGAGGGUGUCUCCUAUGUGAUAGCUGAAUGGGUACCCUUGCUUGCCAAAGGACACACUGCUGCAUGGACCAUGGUCCAGGCCCCAUUUGUUGGUGCAUUUUGCACCCUGCCGAAGAGUCUGGAAGUCAGAUGAGGAGUUUAUGACUACUCUGCCUUUGCAACCAUCUGCAAACCUAGUCAGCCACAGGUCUUUGGUAUCAGCCUUGACAUCAAAGAACAAUACUAAGAGAAGUGGUCCUAGGACUGAUCAUUGGGGGACAUGAUGGAAACCAGAGCUGUAGCUGGCUCGAUUAGCACCCAGUGUCAUUCCUUAAUUUGGUGCACCUCAACUCUAAAUUGAGUUGAGAAGCAAAAAAAUUAAAAUGAAAGGCUCAUUGUCUAUUCCCAGAUCUAGUGCUCCUGACCUCUUAAAAAAAAGAGGCCUUAGACUUUUAAAAGCUGAUUCUGCAUGGACCACUGAAGCAACCACUUCAUUCCUGAUUGCAGUUAAUACUGAUAUGGCACUACUUUCCAAUAGGCAUCUGCCAGUCAGGCCUCCCCAACAUGUUGCACCCAAGAUGGCUGCCCCUUUUGCCCCACCUUAGCAACAUUUCUUCUGUAAACUACUCUUUUAGAAGAGCAUGCACCCCCAACACUAACCGAUUGGUUUCUGUCAUUAUGCUGGUUUGUUAUCCUGUGAGUAAUAUAGGGGUGUGCAUUUAGUUUCAUUUGUUUAUCAGUAGUGACAGAAUGUGGCAUGAUGUCAAAGACUUUUGACAGGUCCGGAUGUGCAGUGUAAAUUGAUUUGCCUAUGUCUAAUAUAUCAGUAACCUGCUCAAAGUAGUUCACCAUGUCCAGGAGGGAAGAUCUCAAAACUUAUCAAACAAAACCAGAUUAAAACCAACAUAAUAACAAGGAAAUAGAUCAACACAGAAGGAUUAAUGUGGAAUGCCAUAGCUGCGGGGUUGGGUUGCUAUUUCUCUGUGUCUAAUGUGUGGAGUAGAUGAGACAGUGAAAUCUGCUGACAUACAGAGGUGGAGACACUUUUUAUGCUGCAGUCUGCACUGGACAUAGAGACAUGAUGGCAUCACUUGCAAAAAAAUUCAUCUGAUGGAUGAUUUAUAUUUAUUUUCCUUGGAAACAAUGCCAAUAUAAGUUUUUGAUGUACAAAAUAUUACAGAAGAUUGUUAAGUAAGAUUUCGGGGACAUAACUUUGCUGAAUAUGCUCCUUAAAUACAGCCUAGAAAAAGAAUAAUCUGUCAGAUAUAAAAAUAUUUAACCAAAAUUAAAACAACACCCAUUGCUGUGACAUAAAUUGAUAAACCCUGCAAAUGGGUCGUUACUAAUAAAUGGUCUACCCUGGUAAAUACAAAUGUCAAAAUAAAUAAAAUUGAAAUAAUGGCAUGACUAUAACCCAAAUAUAAUACAUUUAAUUCUGGAGAUGUAUUAUGUAUGUAUUAUCUCUUGGUGCUGUGUCUUAACCUGCCAUCAGUCACUUGUGAGUAACACCCAGAAGCAACACUAACACAGAGUGAUGUGACAAUACAAUGAUAAGGUAACAUAUUCUCCAGCAGUGGCAGUGAACAAGUGUCUUCUUUACCCAUAUCUCUUCAUUGCCACAGUGGCAACAAAUUACUCUGAGGAAAAGGUUGAAAGUCAGGAAAGUUUUCUUGAUGUUUUAGAGUACAUCUUCUAUGUCUGCAAAAUGAGUACAGAAAAAAAACAACCUGAAAGGCACAUUGUAAACAGGCACCUUAGCUUCUUUAUUUUAUUUUAUUUUCAUUUAUGUAGUGCCGUGAGAAAGGGCUCUUGUUCAGUAAACAUAAAUGGGAUCCCCUCAUAUCUGUGGAAUUACAGGAAAGUGUAUACUAAGCAGGAAACUGCUACAUCUCUGAGUAUUGCAGUUGUCCAAGGGACAACGAUCACAAAGUUAAUGUAUGUAAGUAGUGAGGAAACAUGAGCUGCAGUCUUUACAUUAUGGGGUACUGGAGAGGUCGCCCUCCUUUAAAAAUAUUUAUAAUGUGCAAAAGUGAGGUUUUGUACAUUGCUGUUCUUUUUCAAUGAUAUCUCUUAAUUUUUGUAGAGUUUCAGGGCACAAAGUAUUGAGUUUUGAGUAAUUUCCAAAAGGUUGCCAUCAACUGAUAUUUUUUAACCACAAAAUAGAAUGGUAAAAACAAACAGGAUAAAGUCACAGAAUAAAUACAAAUAUGCAGUUUACUGUACCUGUACAUUAGGAAUGAACAGCAAACACAUAACCAAAUUAAACUCCGACUCUUACACGGAGUCAUUCACUCAAAAGGACUGGUUUACUGUAAGUUGGGAUCAUCUGCAGUGGCUCACGGGAACCACAGAAAAGGCAGCUAAUCCAGUAUCAUACCAAAAAGAAUGUGCCUUGGCCAUGAGGUCAGAAAUGGUUAGAGACGUGGGAGAUACCAGCCUUGCAAUGGGUCUUAUGUGACUAGAGAGAGUUGCACAUCCUCUACAAAAGCAGAGAAAAGGGUUAGUCUCCAUUGUAUUACAUGUUGAGAGGAAUUGAAAGGUUAUGCCAUGAGCAAGAGAGAAACAGGUUUAGUGAGUUAGAUGAAAUAAGGUGGGUUUUGGGGAAGAUGUCAAGGUUGACUUGUUUAGAAUAAGAGAUGCAGUAAAGAUGAUGUUAUUCCAGAGAAGUAGCAACAGCUUUUCUGUAGACUGACACCUUGGUUUUCAUAGGAAGAAAUGGGUGAAGUGAAAGCCUUUGUUCGUUAAGUGUCUGUUGGAUAUUACAGUUCUGAAUGAAGUAAGGCUGCAGUUUGUAGGACAUAAUCAGAGGAAUGAAUAUCCCUUUAGUUAAAGUAGCUGUAGCAAACUGAGCCAAUGAGAUGCAGAUAAUGUGCAUGUCUUUGAAGUGAUGGGCAGAGCUGUGAAAUGAGGAUGCCAAGAUGAUAAGGGAAGGCUGAACUCUAACUAGAGGUCAGAAUGCUUGAAGUGAUGUACAUUUUCAAUGGAGAUGCCAUUGUCAGGAUUUGUGAGGUGCUAGUUUUGUGGUGUGCUCUUAAGCUGGAUAUCUUCAAGUGCCUUUCCUCUCAAACUGGACUUACCUGGUAAUCAAACUGGAAAUAAAUAAUAAUAAAUAAAUAAACAAAGUAAUUAUAAUUACAGAGUGCCUCCUUAUAAAUGAUAGAUAAACAAUACAUGGGGAGAAGACAGUAUCAGUUUUGGCCUUAUUUCUGAUGAUGAAAUUAUUUAAACUUAUUCCACUGUAGUCUUAACUUCCUUUGCUAGAAUAAAGUUAUCUGCUUGAAGUGA